CUCGUUAUGGUCUUUUUGUAUUUGGUUUUAAUGUUGGGAGAGGAGAUUGUUAUGCUAAGAUACAUGACAUAGUUGUGCUAGAUACAGAGUGGUGUUGUUUUUCUCGCAGUGUGGACGUGAUAGACCAGGUGAGUUUCAUCACGGAUAUAGAUAGAUAGGGACAUGUAGAAGGAAGUGGAGUCUGCGACUGAGUUUCUUCAAGUGCGUACAGGUAACCUUGUUGUUGUUGCUGGCAUCAUGUCGUUUGUGGAGGGAAACGCGUGGGCACAGAAGCUCGCGAAAGAGAGAGAACAGUUGAGGUUGAGUGGGGAGACGGAGAAGAGUGGGAGUGGAAGUGGAUUGUCGGAGUUGAAUAUGGGUAAGUUGUUUGAAUUCUUUCAUUCGUUCGAUGGUCGUUGUUCAUUGCUGGAACUAACUAAUGAUGGUAGUGAAAACGGUGUCGCCAGAUCUGGGAAAAUUGGACUUUGAUGCUGAACUGGCUCUCGCUAUGCCGAAGCCUCGACAUGUGCAUCCCGAUGAGAUUAAAGACUCGUCGUCCGGUUCUACCAAAAGUACCAGUAUCUGGAGCAGAAGCAUCACGAAGAAACGGUCGUUCACGGAUCCGGGUCGUCUGCCGGCCACGGAGAAAAAGACUGAGAAGAGGUCCACGUUCAAGACUCUCAGGUCCAAACUCAGUUUGAAGGAUCUCGCAAAGGAAUUCCGAAAAGAGAUCCCGCCCGUGAACACCAUGCCGAAGAUCACCAUCCUUCGUGGUUCGUCAAAGUCCUCGUCUGAUUCGUAUGGUCCGGGGAAAGACUUUGAGGUCGGGAGGCUGUAUACGCCUAGGCCUUCGGUGACUGAGGUGCCUUUGUCUGCGCCGCCAACACAGGCGUCAAGCUUGAUUUGUUUGGACGAUAGCCUGAAGGACGCCCAGUCGCCUGCCGCAGUGUGCACGCCAACAAAGAAAAGUAGUGGUGGGGAUGUCGGAAAGUUCAAGCACAAGUUGGUCCAUAGUAAUGAUACAGGCGAAGGACGGACUAGCCAGCAUCUCGAGGCCGUUCUCCUGAAUGGAUCCUCCCCUGCUGCUCGCACUGGCGAGUACAUGAACAGUGGACAGCCAGAAGUCGUCAAUACGCAGCAACGUGCAUGCAGUAUGAAGGCAGUUCAGGGGUCUUCCACGCCUGGUGCAUCGGAGCCGUCACCUGUCCACGAGACUGAGAUUGUGCGCUCGUAUUCACCAUCGGUGUACGAGACGCCCAUUCCGGAUAGGACGUCGGAUCUGCCAAGUCGCAAUCAAGGCCAUCCUAACGCUAUAGUCACUCCGGUCGCGCCACUCAAGUCCGGUGGCAGCUGGGUCGAAGAGCUUUCCGAUACUCGUCUGUCGUUGGGGUCCACAAUCCAGCCCAACCCCGAAGGAUGUACCGGCGAGUUCGUCACCAUCCGGGUGCCCAUCGAUAGCAUCACCGGUCGCGGUGGAUAUGCUCCUGCCCCCCCAGAUCCGGUCUAUCGAAACACAGUGGCGCUGGGAGAGCAGCUCGCGUCACACGUAGGGCAGCUCCAUUUCCACGUGCAAUGUGCGGCUCAAAAGCUCGUCAAGAAGUUCGAAGACAAAAACAACUGGCACAUGGAUAGUGUCCUCCACCAUGUCGAUACGAUGGCCGACUUAGCACGGGUAAUCAAUAACAAAACGGCCACCCAGACCGAGCUAUUGAAAGAGGCCCACCAGACGAUGAGGGAUGUCAGGGACCAGCUUGGUACGGUCCGUCGAGAAGUGCGCCUUAUCCAGUCGAAGCUCAGCACUCUGAUCCGCGAGGAGUUCGGGAGAUUGAGGUAUGAUCUCGAGUCGCAGGCUAGAGCGCUCCCCCACAAUCCAGCAGCCGAGGACAUGGCCUUCGGCGCUGGGCUGCAGGGUCCGCCGCUUCCGUUGAGGGUGAACAGAGACCUGAGCGUGCCCCCGGCCAUCAAGGACAAGCACCAUAUCAGCACGGAAAACGGGGUCAAGCAUGUCGCCUGGAAGGACCAGAGUCAGGAUUCUUCCGGAAGCCUAACCCCCAAGGCGUCCACCUUCACCAAUCUCCCUGCUCAGCUGGUUCCUGGACCUGGACCGACCAGAACUCUUCCGCCUGUGCCAACUCAGAGCAAGAACGCCAAAGUCUCCCACAAGCGAAGCUUCUUCAACCUGCGCCGCCAGCGUGACGGUGACAGUCACAAUGGCGACAAAGGCCUGCGCACUCCCAACCGCUCUCAGGAGAAUCAACCCGUCGAGAGCAAGCUCUCAACUGCACCCCUCAAGCAGGCCGACCCAGCUCAGAUCUCCAUCAUCGGCCAGGGAGAAAUCGAUCCUAGCAUGAUUCACCCAGCUCUUCGCAAUGCUCAGCAGCGACAGAUCAUCCUCGACCGCGAGCUUGAAAGAAUUCGUCUCGAGCAGGAGCAGCGUCGCCAGCAGCAAUCCGGAUCCCGCACCACUUUGGUCCAAUCCAGCGUGCUCAAGGCCUCGAAAUCUCAUCAGACGAUUGGUGUCGCAGAGGCGUCCCCCACAAUCGAGUGGCCACUUCCAAAGGCCUACCAGAAACUGACUCCUUCUUCGUCUUAUGCUUCUCUCCGUGCUCCUGCUCAGGGAUUCGAUAACCCGUACCCGGUGUUCCGGCCUGCCCCUACAACUCCCACUACUUCUAGCUCUUCCCACAAUGAUACUGUUGCUGGUUUGCAGGCAGCUAAUGGCAAGGCACCUCCUCGUCCACCUCGUCCGUCUCCUCUUACCCCUUUCAGGGACGACCACUCUCGGGAUGCUUCUGGGAGUGACUCUCAGCAAGGCAAUUUCUUCUGAAUGAUGACUGAAAUAGGUAGGCUGUCUGUCUUACUGGAUAGAGACAGUUUCGUUGUUGCGGGUAUUUUCUUUUACCG